UUUUGGUUGCGUUUUUUUUGGUUUUCAAAUUUGAUUUUACAAUCAAACAAUUUGUUGGCGGUUCGUGAUUUUAACUUUUAUUUUAAAUUUUUGAGAUUUUAUUUUCUAAUUGCAUUUCAAUAAGGUCAUCAUUAACGUCCAGAUAAUGGAGCAAACUGACGAGCCACUGAUAAUAGUUUUACAUGUACACGAAGCUAUCAACCUUUAUCGAUCAAAAAACAUACCGAUUCUAAUUAGUGCCUCGUUAGACAAAAAUACACUGCAAACAGACAGUCGCCUUCCAGGCAUCGCUUCCACCAGCUUUGAUAGCAAUAUGGUAUGGGAAACCGAUCGCCGUUCUGUAAAACGCAUGAAAACAGAAAAUCUUCCCGUUAAGCUGGAAUGCUUUUCGAUUGACCAAAAUGCGAACCAGCAGCGCGUUCAAAUUGGCCAUCUAGUGCUUCCGCUUCGUUCCGUACCGCUAAUUCCAUCUAUCAAAGCUGAUACUGUAAAACCUCGGUGGUACAGAUUGAUAGGUUUGGCAAAUCCCGAAUGGAAGAGCCAGAAACCGGAGUUGCAGCUAACGGUUUUAAUCACUGAUAAAAGAUACCUACUUCCUGACCGAAAGAAACCACAAGAGGAUACUGAGCUGGAAACCGAUCGUUGUUUGGUUAUCUUCGCUAACCCGCAAGCUACUCGAUUAGAAUCCCGUGAAAAUCUUCCCAUCCGACUACUAGAGGAACGUGGAUUACUUCAGAUUGGCAACGGUGAGCAGGAAUCUGAUAUAUUUCUAGUGAAGAUAGUGUUGAAGCAUGUCAAACAACUUUUGUCGUUGCUUUCGGAAGAGGAACGACACGGAGAAUCUUCGUCAGAUGGGAUACAAAUGCGAUAUGAUCUGCUUGGGGACACCUAUCCUUGUACGAUGGAACGCAAACCGAAUGGUGCUUUUUCAAUGCAAGAGAAAAUUGUACUCAAUUUUAGAACAACACUUCAUUCGCUGAAGAGAUAUUUUGCUGAAAUUUUCUCCAUUCGCUUGGAGAUUUUGCUUGGGGAAAGAGUUAUUGGGCGUUCCACUCUACGAUUUGAUGGCAUCAUUGAGGACGAACCGUUAGUAAGUUUUCUGUCUAAGUACGAGAAUUGCUCCGCAACGCAGGAAGUGGAAAAAUACUAUCCCAUCGAACCGGCAUCUGUUAAAUACCAGGAAGCUACCGAAUCGCUCUCGGAUCGCUCAGCUGUACAAUGGCCAGCAAUUAAAUGUAAAUUUAGCCUCAAGUACCUUUCAUCGGACAGAAAAGUCAAUACUGACGACAAAAUUGACCGUGCCUUAGAACCGGAAAGAGAUGUACAGCUAAACUCAAUGGACACUCCUGCGGCUAGUCCUGCUAUCGAUCCAAAGCCAACAAGCUCAUAUGCCGCCAUGUCAUCUAAAAUUGACAUACAAUCGUUACUAAACUGUGAAGAUCGUGACCUUCGCGAUGUUCCGCGCACAUUCGGCUAUCAUCUGCUGGUAAAAAGUGUUCGAUUCAACGCGCGCCCCAGUCCUGGUAUCUGGCAGUUUUCAUUAUACCAUCCAAAGGCGGAUACUCCCCUCACCAAGGUGACGAUGGAGCUAAAUACGAUUGGAUCGGAGACGUUGGAUUUUGCUGACCUUCAGCUGAAGCUGUACUUUUCCGCUCUUCCAGAUCGGGUACUUGAAUUAAUCACUUCCGAUUGCUCCAAGUUAACGAUAAGCGGUCCACAUGGACUGUUUUGCUUCGCCCGAGUUGACAAUCAAAGCUUAGUUGUUGGUAGUAAGGAACAACAGACUGGAGUGUUGAUUCUGGAAAAUCCUAGCGGGGAAAGCUUAGGUAUGGCAACAGUUUAUUGCCACCUGGACGAGGUAGGAAUAAACUAUAACAGCCGAGAGCCUCCUACAGGACCAGAAGUGGGUCCUACUUCAAAAGUACAGAUUGACGAUCAGUUGUCGUAUAAAAUGCUAGAAGAGCAGAAACAAUGGAUGCUGGAGCAACGGGAGUUGUUUUUGUUAGAGUUAAAAAGAAAAGAAGCUACCUAUCUUGCAAAGUUAAGUAACGAAUGGAAAAAACGCCGUGCGAAGGAAAAUGCGGAAUUUGCAACGCGUCUUGAGCAUGUAUCCGCGCUAACAGCUGCUUUGGAAGAAAGUCGAAAGAACCUUGCUAUUCAGAACAGUGAGCGCAUUGAGCAGAAUAAAACCGUAGAGGAAGUGAAAAUCAAACUGGAAGCAUCCUUUCAACAGCAGUUGGAAGGAAUACGAGAAAAAACUAAACGAAUGGAAGCCGAUUUACAGCACAAGGAACAACUCCGUUCACUUCGUUGUCAAGAACUGGAAGCUAAAAAUGAUGCACUGAUUCGGGAGAACGAACAGCUAAAACAUACAGAACAACAGCUUCACGCCAAAGUAAAUACACUAAGCCGGGAUGUCGAAAGCUGUGUAGGUCUGCGCCAACAGGUACAGAUACUGGAGCAAAAAUUAACGGAAAUCGAAAAAUCCAAACUAUUCUACAAGCAACAGUGGGCAAAACUUAUCCGAGAGAUGAACAAGAUGAAGCAGGAGAACGAGGAGCAGCUCAUUGAAGCAUUGCGGGGGAAAGAUCGUAGAAAAAAAGACUACUGCUGGGAGCAGACGGGAUGCCCUCAGCACUAUUCUGGGGAUGUGAUGAACGAAGACGCAGAAUUAGGUAAAAUUCAUCGUAUGAUUUUCGAUGAAAGGCAACGGCAGCUGUGCUGUAAAACCGAUGAUUUCUGUUGAUCCCCAGGAUAGCGGAUCAUGCUUACUUUCGUACUAAUGAUAUUAAGACUGUUAGAUUUAUUACCUACGUUGAAAUAACGAUUUUGGGAUGACGCUUUUAGGAAUUUCUAUUGAUAAACUUAGUUAGAAAAUACACUGUAACUUUUUCCCGAUAA